AAAUUUUCUUUUUAUCUUUUUACACUUAACUAUAGUGUCACUAACUCUUCAUCCUCUUUCCUCAGAUAGUGCGCAUUGCAGAACACACAAACCUCUCUCUCCAACAAUGGAAGAGCUUCCCUACGUUAUCUUCAUCAUCGUCUCCAUGCUAUCAUGCGCUUCCCCUCACUUAUCUUGCGCCUCACCAAUCACUUUCACUCGCCGUCACCUCUCACAAGCUCCUGUAACCGGCGGCUUGCCGUUCUUCCCAGCUUACGGCUCACCCUCCCCUCCUCCUUCUCCUCCUCCGCCGACGCCUCUUCCGACUCCUCCUCCCGCCCCCGCGGACCUCACAUUUCCGGCGAACAUCUCCGCGCUCGUCCUCCCUAGCUCCCCAAAACAACACACUGCUUCAAGAACACUCAUUAUCCCGGUUAUCUCCGCCGUCCUCGCCGCCUCAACAGCUAUCAUCCUCGCCUUGUUUCUCUACGGAAGGUGGCGAGGGCAAACCGGUAAUUUCAAAGGCGAAUCCAAGACCUUAGCUUCUUCUGAAACUAACCCAUCAGAACAAGCUCCUCCAUGUCCCCUUCCAAGAAACACAACUGAUAACAAACUCUCUGUUUCUCCUUCCGGAUCACGUUUCGUCAAACCUGACUCCCCGGAGAUCUCUCCUCUCCCGCCAUUGCCGGCUCUUAACUUCCUCCGAGAGGAAGACGACGACGAAGAAGACUUCUACUCCUGUAAAGAGCCACGAGAACAGAGACUCAACCCCUACAGUAACUUCUCUCCCUCUCCCUCCUCAACCUCUGAUUUUCCCGCCAUGAUCUCGCCGCCGCCGGAGAGACAGGUGAGAAACGACAAGAGAGUGUUCAGCCUCUGGAACCAGAGCAUAGGCUUCCCACGAGUCUCCUCUGCUUCUACCUCACCGGAGAGAGGUCCGAUCAAGACUCCAGACGCGUACUACGCUCGUUCCUCUAUGUACUCUUCGGUCUCCACCACGCCGGAACGUUUCUUCUUCCGGAAGGUUCUCGAAACUUCUUCGCCGCCGCCGAGAUGGAACGAUCUCAGCCGUAAUGUCAAGUCUUUGUUCCUUUCUUCGUCGCCAGCUAGAGAUGUUUGCAUCGACAUCUCUGAAUCGGCGCCAGUUCAUGUUCAUCCUCCUCCACGACGGCCACCGCCUCCUACGCCGGAGCCAGCACCUUCUCUUGUCCCGCCGUCACAGUCUUUUAUGGCUCAGAAGCCUGGAAAGAAAACACUAUCUUUCUCGGAGUUACCACAGAGUUGUUGGGAAGCGAAAACAGAACGAGCAAAGCCUCUGCCUUUCCGACCAAGUUCUUGUCGGAAAAACACGUGGGACGGUGUUAAGUUCAACUCUUCAAAUGCUAAUCCAAAGCAGAGAAGAAGUCUUAGCUGUGAUCUUCCAAUGCUUAAUCAAGAAAACAGAGUUUUAGAUCCAAGAAAGUGUCAGAGUGUUGCUUUUCUACUUACAACGCUUGAUGAUCUCACCACAAAUGAUGUUCUUCAACUUCACGCCCUUAGGGAUGGUCACUACGAAGCACUUGGAGUUGAGCUUCUUGAGAGUUUAUCAAGAAUAGCACUGAGUGAAGAAGAAGAAAGGAAGUUGAAAAGGUAUAGUGAUGAUGAGGAGGACUCAGUGAUCAAGCUCGCCCCAUCAGAGAAGUUUCUCAAGGAACUUCUUAAUGUGCCUUUUGUGUUCAAACGGGUUGAUGCUUUACUCUCUGUUGCUACUUUUGGUUCCAAGAUUGAACACUUGAAACGAUCAUUUGGGGUUAUACAGGCUGCUUGUGAGGAGCUAAGGAACACCAAAACGUUAUUGAAACUUCUUGAAGCUGUCUGGGAGAGAGGACUAAGUGCUCAUGACUUCAAACUUGAGGCUCUCCUUGAGCUUGUUGGAAGAACCACUGUCUUGCAUUCUGUUGUACACAACAUCAUAGAAUCAGAAGGUAUCAAAGGGUUACAAGCUGUUGGAAGUCUCAGUUCAGUAUUUGUGGAAGUCAAGAAAGCUGCAGAAAUGGACUAUGGUGUUCUGAGAAGCGAAGUGUUCAAGAUUUAUCAAGGAGUCAAGAAAGUUAGUGAGGUUCUUCUGCUACUGAAUGGUGAGAAUGGAGAUAAGGGAGAACAAGAGUGGUGGACGUUCAGAGAGUCGAUGACACGGUUCUUGGAAACAGCUGUUGAGGAGAUUAAAAAGAUUGAGACAAUAGAAGGUUCUGUGAUCUCUUCAGUGAAAGGGAUCACAGAGUAUUUCCAUGGAGAUUCAGAAAAGGAGGAAGCUCAGGUGUUGAGAGUAUUCGUGAUUGUGAGUGACUUUCUGACCAUUCUAGAUGAAGUAUGCAAGGAGAUGGAUGCUGGUAAAGAAGGGAGUACUCUGGCUUAGGUUUCCAAGACUCAUGAUGAAUUUGUGUUGCCUUAGUAGUUAUGUAUUUUUGUGUAUGUAUUAAUCGUUUGGAAGCUAUAUUAUUCGUAUUUAGAGGGGGUGCAAGUUUUACAAACAUCAGUGGCUUGAAGACAUUUUAUAUUCCAUCAUAUCUUUCUUUUAAUCGCUUGUAAUCA